AUGGCUAUAAUAAAUUCAUUAUACUUAUAUUGUACUGGGUGGAAAGCAACACAACAAACAUAUCAGUAUUGUAGAAAUCCUUUACAUCAUCAUAAAAAGCUUUUCAAUCCAAGACAAUGUAGGUCGAAUUCAAUUCAUUUACUAUCAAGACUUAUUUCUAAAAGUAAUAAUGGAAGUAUUUAUGGUUGUAAUAUGCGUAACAAUAAUCAUACUGAUAAUAUUAGUAAUUCCAAAAAUUCAAAAACAAUAAAUUCAAGUUAUCCAACAAGUAUCAUGAACUGUGAACAAGACUCAUUACGGGACAUUAAGUUCUGUUCCAAUUAUUCUGAAAAUACAAAGUUUGGAUUAAUGAAAAUUAUACGUACUUGUAAUCUAAUGGGUUUUCUAUUAAAUGAUAAACAAAUUUGUUCAAGGCAUUUUGAAUUGAUCAAAUUAUUUAUGGAACAGUUACAAACAGUAAUAAAACAUUUAGAAAAGGAUAUUGAUAAUAAGUUAAAAAACUUAGUAAAUUUUAGUAUAGAUAUAUUUUCGGAGAAAAUUGUCAGUAAAGGAUCAAAAUAUUUGAGGACUAUAAUUAAUUGUUCCGAAUGUGGUGAGAAAUCUUUCAUAGAUUCGCCAUUAAUAAAACAAUUCAAUAAUGCAUCAUUCAGCAUUGAACACUGUAAUCAUUACCAUGAUUCAACAAAAUUAGAGCAAUCAAAAUUGCAGAACUGCACAGUGAAUGAUAAUAAAAUUAAAAGUCAUUCUAAUUGUAAAACAAACAGAUUUUUGAGCCAUCUUUUGUCGCAUACAAAGAUAGAUUGUCAUCAACUGGCAAAUGUAACAUAUUCAGAUUCUUCCUUUCAAGUUUAUCCAACUAAGUGUGUACUUGAAUCCAUAUCAUCAUUGUCUUCUGACUCAUGUUCAUUACCUCUAUUCUGUUCCACUAACUACUUGUCCUCCUCUUCCUCUUCAUCAUCAUCAUCAUCGUCAUUAUUGUCACCUUUAUCUUCACCACUUACAUAUUCGACUUGUACAUCAGUCUCCAACAAUUCAGUUCAAUCACCAGAAGAAGAAACUGCAGAAAACUUAAAUUUUAAACAAAUCGCAGCUUAUCACUGUCAAACUUUAAACGAUUUAAAUAAACAUGUAGGACUUGAAAAUAAACAGAUUAAUGAUAAGCUGUUUGUGUAUCAUCCAGUUAAUUUUAAUGACGAGGAAUACAAGAAACAAAAUAGUUCAUCGAAAAAAUCUGUGGGAGAGCAGAAGAUUCACCUAUGUUUAUUUAAUAGCAAAUCUCACAUGAGAAACUCUCCAGUCCAUGGUUAUUCACAGCAAUAUCCAAAAAGAAACAAACAGAGUGAGAUUGAAAGUUGUAAAAUCAAUCUGAAUGAAAUUUAUCCUCAUGCAGUUUCACGGCGACCAAGUGUACGUGAUAUUUUAAGUCAACGAAAAAACGUUCAUGCACAUUGUGAAAAGAACCAACAACAAGAUAAGCAACAAAUCCAUUUGUUUGAUCAGUCUUCUAAAAAUUGCACUGACGAUAACAUAUUUAAAAGUAUAAAAACUAGCUUCUGUAUAUCAAAUGGCCAUAUCGAUUGUCAUCAUUCUAAUUUAUGUCUAAGUCGUUCAGAUUAUUUAUUUUCUGAAAAUAAUUUAAAUAUGGGUGUUGUAGCACCGCCAAAUUUGAAUCCAUUUGCAUCAUAG